UACCUUCUAACUUAAGUACAAAUGUUACUAACUUUAUUAAGAAUAACCAAUAAUAAAAAUCAUAAAUUUAAAACAUUAAAUUCUGAAAUAAUUUUCCAAUUUACUCUUUUUUUUUGCAUAAGUCAUUUAUGAUUUAUGUACUUCACUAUCAUAAAUUAGAUAACACUAUCUAAAAUAGUAUUUUGCGUCAUCUGAGGUGGAGCUUUUGGAGUUCGUUUUCAAGAGGUAAUAAAACUGUGAUGGUAUGUUAAUUGAAGAAUAACGUGUCCUGUAUUAGACGUCCGAAAAAACGAAAAGAAAACCAUAAUUAGGAAUGCUCGCGUAUAAAAGAAAAAUCUAAGAAAAGAAUAUCAGAGCUUAAAUUGGAGAAUAAGCAUCAUCAUGGGACAGCAGGAAAGUGUGUUUACUGAAGAAGAACUUGAAGAUUAUCAGGAACUGACAUUUUUCUUGAAGAAGGAAAUUUUGCAUUGCUAUAAACGCUUUGAAAUGUUGGCACCUGAAGCUGUAUCCAAGAACAGAAAUGUUAGAUUACCAAUGGCUACAGUCUUGACACUUCCAGAACUCCAGGUCAACCCUUUUCGUGACCGGAUCUGUAAAGUAUUUUCUUCUGCUGGCGAUGGUACAAUGACAUUUGAAGAUUUCUUGGAUAUGAUGUCCGUGUUCAGCGAUGCUGCUCCAAGGUCUGUGAAAACAGAAUAUGCUUUCAGAAUUUAUGACUUUGAUGAAGAUGACAUGAUUUCAGUUGAAGAUUUGCGAGAAGUUCUCAAUCGUCUGCUUGGACCAGGGAAAAAAAAAUUAAAUGAAGAGGACAUUGAGGAACUCAUUGACAAUGUAAUGGCAGAAGCAGACCUGGAUGAAGACCAUUUUCUGGCUUAUGCAGAAUUUGAACAUGUCAUAUCUAAAUCUCCAGACUUCUUGAGCUCUUUCAGAAUUCGACUUUAGGUCAUUAUUCACCA